AUGGAAGACUCCGAAAUAGCUGAGCUGGCGGAACAAACGGCCAGCAUGAUGCGCAGGGUGUUCGCGGACGACAUGAUCGAGACAGCGGUAGCAGCUUUGCGCUCGCAGGGCAUGUACCGUCCUGAAAACCUAUAUAAGACGACAGUAGAGCUGGUGACCACAGAGUCACAUCUUGCAACAUUGAGAAAGCUCUGGACCACCCUUGAUGACCGGUUCCCAAAGGAUGAGAGCGAGCAUAUUAAGUGCGAGUUCUCCGCCAAGUACCUGCCAACUCUGGCCGACAAACGGAGAGAUCCGACCGUCAACAGGAUCACCGCUCAAGCCAUCUCUGUCUCGAUUGGUAGGGCUUUCGAGACGGAGAUAUUCCCGCUGUUUCUCCUCAGCAGCAGUGCGCGGGGUCUCGUCGCACAACAAAUUAGACUCAUGGUCGAUUUCCCCAUUGGAGUACAGCGCGGAGACGUAGGGCUGAUGUCCAGAACCCUCAUACUUCUUUUACUGGGACAAGGAUGUGAUGAAGUUGAUUUGAAGUUGAAGAGAGCUAUCAUCCGUCUGCUGGAGAGGUGGGUCAAAGAGUACAAGGGCCAUCCUGCAGCAGAGAAUUGCGCCUCGUGCCUUUGGGUCAUGACUGGUAGCAGAGAACCACAGCCUGACCUCAUCACCGACGUGAAAGAAGUCCUCGCGUUCCGUGCCAACUCCCGCGGAUGCUGGCAGUGCCACGUCGUCCGUAAGCCGCUGCUCAAAUGUGCUAGGUGCAAGUACGCAUUAUACUGCUGCCAAGAACAUCAGAAGAAGGACUGGAAGUUGCAUAAGCCUUGGUGCUUCUCGAGCAACUUCUGA